UUUAAUAUGGAUAUCCCGUCUCUAAUCGAAAUCGUCAACCCUCCUCAAUCCUUAUCAAACAAAUUCUUUGAACUAUCCAUAGAAAACUUGACUUUUUUAUCUCAUCCAAAAUCAAUAGACACCAAUGAUUCAAACUCUUCAAAUAACUCAGAUAAUGAUGAUUAUGAUCUUAAUUCUUACCAUUUAAAUCAUAAAAAUUCAAUUCACAAUACCAAUACCAAUGCCAAUGCCAAUGUUGAUAAUAAUAACAAUAAUAUUGACAAUUCAAAUCUGUUGAAAUCUUUCAAUUUGGUCUUUUUAAUGUCCCCUCCAAUUAUCGAACACAAUAAAAUAUUAUUGGAAAUGUAUAACAACAUCAUCAGUAAAUUUGUCUUGAUUUUAUCAAAAGAGCAACAAAAGGAUAAUUAUAUUUGGAACCAGUCUCAGAUUUUAUUAAAUAUUCAUAAAAAAUUUUUAAAUAAAGAAUUGGAUCCAAAUGAUGAAAAAGCUAAUAAAAAUAGCAACAAUAAAAAUAUCAAUAAAAAUAAUAACAAUAACAACAAUAACAAUAACAAUAAUAACAACAAUAAUAAAAAUAAAAAUAACAUUUCCACACAUAUUCCAAUUAACACAAACUUACGACACUUGCCUAAAAAUAAAACGGAAAUUAUACCGGAAUCAUUUUUAUCAUCAAUUAAUAAGGUUAAUUUAUUGAAAAAUUCUCAGUUGAGGUAUUUUGCAUUAAUUUUAUUAGAUUCUAAAGAAAAUAUUAUAAAAGAAUUGAAAUACCAUAAAAAUUUCAUAACGAAUAUUUCAGCGACGAAAAAUUUAAACAAAAUUGCAAACGAUUGUAAUUUGUCAGUUUUGAAAUGUGAAAAUAUUGCAUAUCAUUUGAUAUUUUGGAGGAAGGCCAAGAUUAUGUUGCCAUUGCAUAAAAAUAGUGAAUUUAUUAUAUCUAAUAUAUUUCGAAUUGAGUUAGUUAAGUCUAAUAACUAUAGAUAUAGCGAAGAAUUUAAAGAAGAAUUUCCAGAUUUACGGAUUGGAAAUGGAGAGUUUAAUAAUUUUUUAGAAUUUUUCAAUAGGCCAAUGUCGUAUUCCAAGUUGGCACAGAAGAUUGAUGAGGAUAAUAAAAUCAACAUUCAAAAUAAGAUUAACAUUAAGAAGGAAAUGAUAGUUGAUGUUUUGGCAUGGCUAAUUAAGAGGGGGAUUAUAACGCAAUUGCUAACAUUUGCCAGGAUUAAAAUUACACCAAAGAUUAAAACAUUGGUUGAAGAAGAGAAAGAGUUAAAUUUUCAAAGAAAAAUCCAAAAAAACUCUAUGGCACACAGCAGUACCAAGAUCAACAGUACUAGCAAUUUGAGUUUGGUGACUAACAGCAACAAUUUCAAUCGAAGUGGGUUAAAGAUCAUGGAGGAGAAUCCCUUUGAGUCGUCGUCUGUCUUCAACAAGACGUUUAACUUGUUGGACGAGCAGUCGUCGAUAAUCUUAGAGCCAGACAAGCCAACACUAUUGGAAAAGAAAUGGCUAAUGAAGCUCGUGGAGGUGAAGUUCAGGUCGACAGGGCCCAGCAGCGAGAGCAAAAAGGUCUUGAGCAGGAUAUUGAAGUAUCUCAACGGGAUUAAUCCGUUGGAGUUGAUCUCGAUCCGAGAAAACAUCCGGUCGAAGGACAUCAACAGGUUGAUGGAGGUGUUAGGGGAAAACGUCGUGAUAACAAGACACUGGUAA